GGCCAGAGCCAACAACACAGCAUCACCAGGAAAAUGGAGGCAGGGCUCGCAUAGAGAAACACACACAAACACACAUACAUACACACACACACACACACACACAGUUUCAGCAUCACUGGCUAGAAAGGAUGCUCUAAACAUUAGAAACAAUUGAAAAGAUGAUAUUUUGUGAAAUCAGAAAGUAGAGGAGUGCCGAUUUGGAAAAGAAUCAGCAAAAUCUUCAUUUCCCUGACACAGAGGCCACUUCCAGAGGAGGGAGAUAUGGAUCCUUCCGGCACACAUGGUGAGGAGAGAACAUCUCCUCCCAGCUCACUUCACAUCAGUGGAGCUGGUGGAGGUCCGGGUCACCGCAAACGCCGCACUCUUGUAGCGCCAGAUAUGAACCUGUCUUUGGAUCAAAGCGAAGGGUCCCUGCUUUCCGACGAUUUCCUGGAUACGCCUGAUGAUCUGGACAUUAAUGUUGAUGACAUUGAAACUCCUGAUGAGACAGACUCACUGGAGUUCCCAGCCAAUGGCAAUGACCUGGAAUGGGAAGAUGACACACCAGUGGCCUCAGCCAACUCAGGGCCUGUAGAAGGGGCUGAAGAUGAGGGCGAUGUUGGAAAUGGUCGCUUGUGGAGGACCGUCAUCAUAGGCGAGCAGGAGCACCGUAUCGACAUGCAGCUCAUUCGGCCGUACAUGCGUGUUAUCUCUCAUGGAGGUUACUAUGGUGAAGGCCUGAAUGCCAUCAUCGUGUUUUCAGCAUGCUAUUUGCCUGACAGCAGCUGUCCAGAUUACCAUUAUAUCAUGGAAAACCUCUUUCUGUAUGUAGUGAGCAGCCUGGAGAUGCUGGUAGCUGAGGACUACAUGAUAAUCUAUAUGAAUGGCGGAACACCACGCAGCAAGAUGCCUGGUAUCAGCUGGCUGAAAAAGUGCUAUCAGAUGAUUGACAGAAGACUGAGGAAGAACCUCAAGUCUUUGAUCAUUGCACAUCCAUCCUGGUUCAUACGCACAGUCCUGGCCAUCUCCAGACCCUUCAUCAGUGUGAAGUUUAUGAACAAAAUCCGCUACGUGCACAGCUUAGAGGAACUGGAACAGAUCGUCCCCAUGGAGCACAUCCACAUCCCUGAGUGUGUCAUACAGUAUGAUGAAGAAAGGAUCAAAGCACGAAAAGAACGGAUGGAAGAAGAGGGGGAGCAUCAGCCACAAGAAAAACAAGUGUCAGCCAAUACAGAUGGACCAUCAGCAACAACCACAACCGUUACAAGAGUAGAAGAACCAGUCCUGUGAGAAACGACUGGAAGACCUUUCCAUAAAAGUCACUCUUAUCUGCUGAUCUAAGUCCAGCUUUCUGUUUUCCUGUCUUGCUAUGGUCUGUAAUCACACAAAUCACACACUGGUCCCAGGUCAGCAUAAAAGGGUCUCUUUUAUCAGAGGUUUCUGGAAAAAUCCACCACCAGGUGGCACUCCAUCCAGAGAAAUAUUGCUGUAUUCAGUAGCAGGAUGUGUAUAACCUCGACCAGUGUCUAUUCGCUACCACAGCUUCCUGGUUAAUGACAGACCCUGAUGUCCACUUUUUGGCCAGUGCCAUCUUAAAGAACAUGCUGUCACCUGCCUAUACAAAUCAUAGGUGUGUUUGCUCAGGAGAGAUUCUUUAAAGGGAUGCAUGCAAAGUUUACCUUUCCCAUCUGUGUGUACACAUGCCCAGCUUGAAUGUGUUAGUCCAUUCUGCUGCUUGUUUGUAUGGCUAUUUCAUUUUGAUUUUUUUUAAUGUUUUGAAUGCUUUCUUCCUUCAUCAGUAUUGUGGUAAAUUAUUAUCUUUUUAAGUUCUGCUGAAGUGCAAAUCAAUACUUGCUGGAGAAUAUGGAUCAUCACAGAUUUUGUUCAGUGGUAAUUUUAUGUUGCCUUACGUUCUGAAUGUCAAGAUUUCAAAAUUAAACAACAGUAUAUGAAUGA